AUGUCAUCAUUAAACAUGGACCCCAACCUCUCCGCCGCCAUGCACCCGCAGCAAGUCGCCGUUGCCGCCAACAACCUGCAGCAGGGUGCAGCCCACCCCAGCAUCCUCCCGCACCCGGCUCCUGCCCCAACCCACCACGGCCCCGGGCGCCCUCCCAACUCCGAGAGGCAGCUUGUCAUCGAUGGCCGCCGCUUCCAGCGUCUCGAGGAGACCGUCAACAAGCUGCUCGAGCUGACCCAGCUCAUGAUGAACCGCCAGGAGGAGCUCAACGACAUCAUGGUCCAGCGUCAACAGACCCUCCAGAACCAGGUCUCUUUCACCGAGGAGCGUCUUCAGCUUGCCAUGGACAACGGCGGCAACCCGGACGGCGAGGGCGAGGAGGAGGAGGAGGAGGAUGACGACGACGACGAGCGAGACCCGCCCGACAUGGCCUACCCUCCUCUCGGCAUGCAGUUCCGUCCAAACUUUGGCGCCAAGAAGGCUCUGGAAGGCCUGCUUGACAACAUCAACCUGUGGGCUAAGGAGCACGGUUACAAGUGUGCUACCCUGCGCAGUACCCAGAAGCCGGGCGAGCGUGUUCGUGUUGCCAUCCGAUGUGCCCUGGGCGGCGAGGCCAGAUACAAGAUGACCGACGAGAAUGGGGAGACACUGAUCCGUACAAAGAGCGGCCAGCUGCGCAAGCCCUACCGCAAGAGGACGAGCAAGAAGACCGGCUGCCAAUUCGGCUUCAUCCUCGGAGAGACGGGCCAGGGAACCAACGUGUUCGAGGUCCGCUACCACCCCAAUGGAAGCCCGCCCCACAACCACCCUCCCAUGGAAUUCUAG